AUGGUCAGCAAGGUAUUAGUUGAUUCUGAUACAGAAUGGGUAUGUACAAUAGUCAAACUAACACAGGUCAAAAUAACAUUAUACAGUUCUCUUAAAGCUGUCUUGAAGAAUUCUUUCUUAAUUAGUACUCUAGUAACUAUUUAAAAUCUUUCUUUUCUUAAUUGUAAAGGUUAUUACUUAAACUAAAAUGUAUAUGCGCAUCAAAGGUAUAGACAAAAGUUAAAUUUUUCUAAGGAUACAGAAAGUCACGGUUGAGUUAAUUUAUCCACUAAGUUUAUUUUUAUUGUGUGUUACAUUUAUCAUUGAUUUGGCAAUUUGAUAUGAGCUGCUGUGAACUCCUAUUUUAAUUACAGUGUUGCAUCACUCACUUUAACAACUUGGCUUUUACGUUAGAUAUGUUGCAGCUAGUUAUUUGGUAUUCUGUUGUGGUACUCUCCUCUUUUUUAUACAUUGAGGAUUGUAAGAAAAAGAUUUACAUGCAUAGGUAAUGUUGUGCUUAAUUUUUUUUUUUAUCCUUGGUUGAAAUUAUAAUUAUUUUUCUUGUUUCAGACUCAGUAUCAUAAAUUACCAUACCCAUAAACAAAGGAAAAUAUAAUUUCAACCAAGGAUAAAAUUGAACCACAACAGCUAACAUCUACAACAAUUUGUCUUUCUUUCAGGGUUACUUAGAAUUGAAAAUAUUCAAUCGCAUGAAGAAAAUACAGAAGCCCAAACGCCUCGCAGGAAUUAGGGACAGUCAAAGUGACCCUAAGCCAAAAAAGCAAAAAACAAAGACACACACUUGGUCAGCAGUGCCAGAUUUGCCUGAGGGGGAGUCAGUGGACUCCUUAAGGACGUAUGCCAACGAAAAUCUUGACGAGAUCAAGAAGAAUCCUAAAAAACAUAAACUCCAUAAGGAGUUUAUGGACAAAACAUUUGCCCUUCGCCGCCGUGACAUCUUGACGGCACCUAAAUUGGUGAAAGAUGUGCUUAAGGAAUACCCCUCACUUACAAAUUUCACCCAUGUAAGUAUCUGGUUAAUUUGUUUCUGUCUGCAAGGUUUAAAUUUCAUGUCCAUGUUUGGCUAAUACUAUUUUUUGCUGUGAGUUAUAAAACACUUGAGUUACUAUAGUUUACCUAUUGGAAGAAAAACAUGUACUGUGUGUGGGAUUUGUAGGUGCUACAACUCCAUUUCUCUAGUACGUUUAAGAGCUGGCCCCCCCUACACACACAUGCUCCACCCUCCUUGUUUCCUUUGAGAUUAUUGUUUAACACUUACUCCUAUAUUAAAGUUAAGUACAAACUGGUUGGUUUUCAUUUGGGUAGAUUUAAAUGUUGAACAAAACUCGGGACUAGUUUACAGGGCUAGAAAUAAUUCCUGGACAGUCUCCAGACACAGUGACCAGCUCAGUCACGUAUCAUUUCUGGCCGGCCAUGUAAUUAAAUUAUGCAUAAAAUUAGGGGAUAAAAUUUAAGAUAAUUUUUUAAAUGGGAGACUGAUCAAGAACAUGUACAUUCCUCUCUCUAAUGUUCCAAGUAAUACACCAUUGUCAAAAACACUGUGUAACAUGAUGUCUCCUGUUUGACUUUUUCAAAGCUUAAAGCUGAAUUAUGCCGCAUCUUUGAUGACAACGACAUCCCCACAAAAGUUAGGGAAAAGUAA